GCUACAGAAGAAGGGAGAACUUUUACUUGAUUGGAAACUCGUCAGAAGUAAACAAUUGACAAGAUGCCAAGUAGAUAAACUAGAUUAUAUUGUUGUUCGUUCCAAUUUCAAGUCCAAAGGUUUAUUUCGAUUUUUUUACGUUCCAGGUGCAAGUACCUUUCACUAGCAAAAUGAUUAGACACGGAAUAAGAAGUUUAAAGCAAGUGGCGCCUAGCAUUAGGGCUAUGUCCAGCCAAGCAAACCUAACAAGCUUGAAUGCUGACAAUGAAGGUAUUGCUGUCCUAACGCUACAAAGACCCCCUGUAAACAGUCUCAAUCUGGACUUGCUGCAAGAAAUAAGUAAAUCUCUGGAUGAAGUAAGCAAAAAUAAAUUCAGAGCCUUGAUUCUGACUUCUGCGUCACCCACAGUAUUUUCAGCUGGUCUAGAUAUUAUGGAAAUGUAUAAACCUGAUAUGAAGAGAGCUGAACUCUUCUGGACAACAUUGCAAGAAGUUUGGUUGAAACUCUUUGAGUCCAGCUAUAUAACAGCUGCUGCAAUUAAUGGUCAUGCGCCAGCCGGUGGGUGUUUAUUAGCAACAUCGUGCGAAUACCGCGCGAUGGUGAGCGGUAAAUUCACGAUAGGAUUGAACGAAACGGCCCUUGGUAUUGUGGCACCUACUUGGUUUAUGGGUAGCUUUUGUAAUACAGUGCCUUCGAGACAGGCUGAAAUAGCGCUCACUACGGGCAAAAUGUUCACCGUUGAUGAGGCUUUAAAGGUCGGUCUAAUCGACGAUGUUGCAACUGACAAAGAGGACGCGAUAAAUAAAUGCAAAGGAUUUAUAAAGAAGUUCGACAGAAUCCCGCCAUUAGCGCGAGCGGUUACAAAACAAAAAUUCAGAGCAAACACAACACAGUGGUUAAAGGAUAAUAGGAAAGCUGAUGUCGCAGAAUUUUUAGGUUUCCUAAAUAAUCCUAAAAUUCAGCAAUCGUUGGAAAUGUACAUCCAGUCUUUGAAACAGAAAGCUAAAUAAAUCGUAUAAUAAGUUAUAUACCUUACAGUAUAAUAUACAAUUUUUAAUCUGUACAAUGUAAAACAAUGCAUACCAAUGAAUGUCAAUUAUUUUACAAUUAUACACAUAUACACUAAUGUAUAUUUUUAUACUAUAUGAUAAGUAAAUGAAUGUUUCUUUGUUAGAUACAAUUCUUUAUCUGAAUAAAUAAUAGUUAAUUUU